GUUUCUCUCUAUCUUUUAAUACUUUCGCCGUCGUCGUCUUAUUUUCGCUGUCCCUGAUCAUUCGCCGGAGCUACCAUUAAGAGACUGAGAUUCAAUCAUCAGAGUUCAAUGGAUGUCCCGUUACCAGUCGAGAAAUUAUCUUAUGGAUCAAACACUGAGGACAAAACUUGUGUAGUGCUUGUGGCAACUGGGAGUUUCAAUCCUCCUACUUUCAUGCAUUUACGCAUGUUUGAGCUGGCGAGAGAUGAAUUACGCUCAAAAGGAUUUCAUGUUCUUGGAGGAUAUAUGUCUCCUGUUAAUGAUGCAUAUAAGAAGAAGAUUAUGUGUAGGGCCUUUUAUCUGCAGAACAUCUUCUCUUUAGUGGAACAAUGCGUUGUUUACAAAAAUGUGGAAGCUGUUUCUACAGGCAUCUCAAAGCAACUACCAACGAACUUUGACGGUUUUAUCAAGGGUCAAGACUUUCUUAACAACAAAUCGACAUGUACCCGAGGUGUUGCUUGCUAUGUUUUUAUCAUACGUGCUAGCCACUACGCAAAUGACAAACACAAAUUUAUUCUAAUGCUAGAAUCUCUCAAAGUCAUGCUACUAUGUGGCUCGGAUUUACUGCUAUCUUUCUGCACUCCCGGUGUUUGGAUCCCUGAACAGGUAAACCAAGGUAGCAUUGUUAUAUAAACGUAGAUGUGUUUAUCAAAUUUACUCACAGUUAUGCUCCUUUUUCAACACUUGGUUUUUGAAGUUAAGAACUAUUUGCAAAGAUUAUGGCAUUGUGUGCAUCCGUAGAGAAGGACAAGAUGUUGAAAAUAUGAUCUCUGGUGACGAAAUCUUAAACGAAAACUGUGCUAACGUCAAAAUCGUUGACAAUACUGUUCCUAAUCAAAUCAGUUCGAGUAGAUUAAGGCAAUGCAUUUCGCGAGGGUUAUCGGUUAAAUACUUGACUGAAGAUGGAGUAAUAGAUUAUAUCAGACAACAUCAACUAUACACUGAGCUCACAUGACAAACGCUGAGAGGAUUAUUAUACUUCAUCAGAUCAAAUAUUACAACACAACUCAUCAAAUAAUGGUGUGAUAAACAGAUCAGAUAUAUUUGUUGAGUCUCUGUAUUUUAAGGUUCUUAUUUAUCAACUCUUUGUAUCAUAUUCAUAUGUACAACAAAUGUGAAGAAAAAAAAACACAAAAGAGGCGAGAGAAAUGUGAAACUGAUGAUGGAUUACUUCUAUAUAAUAUAUUUGAAAGUUUUCA